GACGCCUGCUACAUACACUGCUGCCAUUGUGGCCUACAACUCGCGUGGAUGGUGGCAGAAGGCAGUGGAAACUUUGGACGAGAUGAUGUCAAUAGGUAUGGCACCUUUGAGAAUUGGUGCGGAGCAUGCCCUCAUGGCCUGCGAGCAGGGCGCGAAGUGGCAGAAGGCGGUCAACCUCUUAGACAUGCUCUGGGAUUACAGCAUCAUUCCCAACGAGGAGAACUUUAUGCCUGCCAUCCGAGCUUGUGAGAAUGCUGGCAUGUUUGAGAUGGGCGACAAGCUCUUUUGGCAGAUGAGAGAGCAGACAAAGUUGGUCAAGGCUGCAGAGGAGGUAGGCAUGAACGUGAAGCGUGAAGCACCCAGGGCUAAGGCUGAAUUGUGGCGAAUCCCUGGAGCUAUCGAUCCCCAGGCCUACGAUCCUCCCAAUCUCACUGCCCAAGCUGAGAAGACGCAGAGAAAGAAGAGAAGGAGAAUGCCGAAGCUGCCGGCGGGGCGUCCAGAGGUUUGGGGAUGAGGAUUUAUCUCCGGCGCCAAGCACCACUUUCAGAGCAUGGGUGCUUUGCACUUUGAGG